UGUUUGGUGACGGGGGAACAGGAUGACAGCAGAUGCAUGUUUCUUGAGGUGGCUUGAUGUCUUCAGUGAACCUGAGCCUGGACCAGCUGCAGGGUUCCCCCAGGCAAGUCGCUGGGGGCUCGGUGGCACCUGGAAGAGAAUAUGAAGUCCGAGCCUCAGAGGGCCGAGAAGAGGACUCCUGGAGGGGGCGGUGAAGGUGGAGGGACUCAAGACACUGCUGAAGGAUGGCGAGUCUACAGGAUGUGGAUGUCAUUCCCUUCAAAGUGCCACAGACUGACGGCCACCAGGUGAGUGUGAUCGGCCUCAGGUGGGACGGCUCUGUGGAGUGUUUGGAGCAAGAGGUGCGACAAGUCUUUGAAUUGUUUGGUCCCCUCCAUCGUGUGACGGUGAAGAAAGACGCUUUUUGCCCAGAGGACAGAGAUGAUGCAUGGUAUGCUUACAUGACAUUCUUCUCAAGAUUUGAUUGUGAAGAAGCACUGCGACAUAAUGGCAAGAUACUGGUCUUGGGGCACAAAGUACGAGUGAGAAAGACCAAAAAAACGAGAGCUUACAAAGAGUCUUUAGAACUAUCGCUCCACAAGAGUCAAGAGCUACUCAUACAUUACAUGGGAUUCAACUGUUGGACCUCAGAGAUUGUCCAUUUUGAAAGAGUUAAUAAGGAAGAUUUAAAGGAUGCUGUGCGGUAUUUGUGCCUGGUGCGGAUCAGGAUGCCCCGGGAAGGGCUGUGCAGCGAGGGGCUGGGGCUGGGUGAGGCCCCACUCAAGGCAAAGUCUGCAGCAGGGAGAGGGGAAUCUCUCUCAACUGCACGAAGGUUUGCCUUCCACACAGCCAUGAAAGCAGCGUUCAGUAAAUUCAUCAUCAUAAAGCUGAGGAACGGCAAAGUGACGGUGGAGGUUGACACCACACAAACUGAUCUGCAGAUUUACCAGUCAGCAUGGGACAACCCCUUGGUGGAGGUUAUAGAUAUCGCCCACGACCCGGAGGAAGAGGACAGCGAUGAUGAUGACAUUGCUGCCAUCUUUGAGGACAUGGAGGAUGAAGAGCUGGACAACCUGCUUGACGUUACAGCAUAUGACGAUGUAUGAUGUUUAUGAGUAAAAAGAACCAACACCAUGUUCAAAGUGUGUGUUUUGUGCUCGGCCCGGCGUGGGAGGGAGGCUGGGCGGGGCGGGGAGAACGAAAGAAAGAACAAGAAGAAAGGAAAAGAGAGAGAGAGAGAGAGAGAGAGAGAGAGAGAGAGAGAGAGAGAGAGAGAGAGAGAGAGAGA